AUGGCGGACACUGUCUCGAAGCAUCGAGCUGAGUUUGCCUUUGCUCAGCUUGAGAACGAGAGAUCUCUGACAUCUCUUCGUGACGAGCUAAGGGUAGCUCGUGGGAUUGUUGAUCGGUCUCGGGAUGAGAUAACUGCUCUUCAGACCCUUGUCGAUGCCCACCAUCGGGAGCACAAGGCUCUCUGUGAGAUGCUUGAGCGCAAGGGCGUUCUUCAUCGGAAGAAGCAGCGUACUGAUGGUACGGCUUAA